AAACAAGAAGCUACAAGCCUCAAGCCAUGGCCACUGCGAUGGUUCUCUCUUCUCAAAACUCUCUUAACCAUCGAUUCGAUCACGAAACCCUAAUCGACCGUUGCCCUAAUCCUAGCCUUCGCCGCCACUCUAACGCUGCUAAAGCGGCUCCUCGCCGACGCAGGCGAGCUCCUUCGACGCCUCAACCUACGGUGAUCAAAUCUCCGGCGGCGAAUAAUAAUCUCGUAAUGGAACAAGUCAAGAUCCUCAAACGCGGCGAGACAUUGAGCGCGUUUAGUAACAAGGAGAACAGUGGCUGCGAUGUUACGAGACGACCUGUUUUGAAGAAGACGGUGAAUGAUACUGAUCUGAUUGUAACGUCGACUAAUAGACUUGGACCUGAACCAGAGAUUCUGAUGAAGCAGAUCGGAGCUUUUAAAAGAUUGGAGAUCUUCGCCGGAGCUGGUUGCUCAAUUUCCCCGCUUCCGAGCUCUGUUCCGAUUCCAUGUUUUUUGGAGAAGAACAAUCUCGUUGUUUAGAUUUCCAAAGGUAGAGAUUUUGGGGGAAGAAAACCCUAAAAUUGCAACGAGUCUUUUAACAUCGCAGAUGUUGAAGAAUCAUGUGAAGUGAGUAAACAAAUCUAUUUGUUUAUCUCAGAGGAGGAUGAAGAAGAUGGAGAAUGUGAUCGCAAAACUCCAAUUACAGCCAAAACUUGGCUCUGCUCAGAUUUGCACUCUGUAAUGGAGUUUAUUUUUGGUGUUACAGUCACUAUGAUGACUGACUCUUCUUGUAUGGCUUUUGUGUUUUGUUUUUGGAUUUUGAAGUUUUUGUACUUGUCACAUGAUCACAUCUCUUUUACGCAAUAAAAUCUUUAGUCUAAUAA